AUGGCUGCAUCCUAUUGGAAAAGUUCACAAUUUGAACAGUGGUUAUUCGAUCGUCAAGAAUUAACGUCUGCUCGUCUUCGUGAUAUUUCCUCUUGGCCAUCGACGAACAAUUCAACCCCAAUAACUGAAGAUGAUUACUUGAAAAUCUUGAUCUUCUAUUCCAACAUUAUUCAACAUAUUGGUGAACAGAAUAAAGUUCGUCAACAAGUUAUUGCCACAGCUAUUGUUUAUAUGAAACGAUUUUAUGCUCGAUAUCCUUUGAAAAAAGAAUUUUCGACUUUGAAUCAUCAGAGAGUGAUUACUGCUGCUACAAUGACUUACAAAAAAUACGUACAUCUACUUGGUACACACGGUGACUAUCCAUAUGUUAUUAAACAUGUCCUUGAAUGUGAAUUCUAUUUACUGGAAAUAAUGGAUUGCUGUUUAGUUGUUUAUCAUCCGUAUCGUUCAUUGGACAUGUAUACACGUGAAUUUCAAAUCGAUCCUUCGUUAUUUGAUUCUGCUUGGCGUAUUAUCAAUGAUUCGUUGAAAACAGAUGCACCUCUUCUUUAUCCUCCCUAUGAAACUGCUCUCGCUUGUCUUUUACUCGCUGCAACAUAUUGUGAUAAAAUAGCGAUGCUAAAACAGUAUAUGAUCGAUGCUCAAAUUGAUCUCGAACGAAUUUAUGAAGUUGUGAAAAUGUUACUGAAGCACUAUGAACUGAUGACGACUUAUGAUGCCGAUCUGCCAAAUCAUGAUGGUAGACAAAUGAAAGAACUUUUCGCUAAGGUUCCCAAACCGAAAUCAACACCAUCAGUACGUCCAUCGUCUCAACCCAAUGAACAACAAUUACAAGUGAUUCUUGAAUAG